AGUUUAGUGAAAAAAAUUGUGGGAAACGGAAGUAUUGCAAGCAAAUUGCACUAUCAUUCUUAUCAAAUUAUUAUUUUACAUAGUAUUUACAAAAUUAUAUUUAAUAAUAAAAUAAUUAAACACUAAAAUACUGAUAUCAAAAACGAAAAAAAGAUAAACGCAAUAGUAAUAGUUAGUAAUGAAAAGCUAAAAAGUGAUAUUUCUUUGUUUUAAAAUACAUUUAAAAUAUUGUAAAUAAAUGCACACACAUCCAUACUACACGUAUUUUGUUAAACAGUAAAACAAAUUAUAAAAGCCAUGGCAAGUGAUGAAGAAAGGCUCUACGAUCCCAUAGAAAGGAAUGAGGAGGAUGAUUCAACACAAAAUAUUGAUGCCGCCUCUACCUCCUCGACAACACUCUCCAAUAAUAAUGAGGAAGCAGCAGCCUCUAAUAAUUAUACUGCCUCACAGACAAGUGAGGUAAAACAUCGUUGGUUUAUUUUGGAGCCAGCGGUUUUCCUGGUCUUUUUGUCCAUGUAUUUAUCUGCCACCGUUUAUCAAAACCAAUUGUUGUAUCAAACAUGCAUUUAUAUUAAGCACUACAACGAUACCGUAUGCCAACCGCUCUUAGGAGUUGAACCUGAGUCUGAAGAAGUUCGGCGCAUUGAAAUUGAAGUGCAACCAUACGUUGCGAAAAUCCUAAUGGCUCGUUCAUUGUUGGAAAGUAUUAUUCCAGCCAUUGUAAGUUUAUUUAUAGGACCAUGGUCAGAUAAGUUCGGACGCAGACCAAUUGUUUUGACCACAUUCACUGGCUAUUUGACGGGUUCAGUUAUUUUAACAACUUUAACAUAUAUAUCAACUAAAACUGCUGUAAGCCCUUGGGUAUUCUUGUUAAGUUCUGUACCCUCUGUGCUGAGUGGAGGCACAUGUGCUCUAAUAACUGGUAUAUAUUGUUACAUAUCUGAUGUGGCGAAAGAAAAAAACAGGGCAUUGAGAAUGGUUUUAAAUGAGGCUUCUCUGUGUGCUGGUAUGAUGGUGGGGAACGUUGCUAGUGGAUAUUUGUAUGCAGCCACCGACGCUGUAACAGUGUUUGUUAUAUCGUCGUCCCUAAUGUUAUUAGCUUUGCUUUAUGUCAUUGUAUUCGUGGUGGAAAGUUUGAAGCCAGAACAAAUACAUGCUGGAUCUAAAGUACGAGAAUUUUUCCGCUUUGAUUUGGUAAAAGAUUUAAUACAAACUUGCUUAAAAAGAAGGCCCAAUUUUGAUCGCAUUAUUAUUUGGUUAACUAUGAUGGCAUUAACUGUAGCUAUAUUUACCAUGGAGGGCGAUUCUAAUGUGACUUAUUUAUUUGUUCGCAAACAGUUCGAAUGGACAUUAAAAGAUUUUAGUAUAUUUAAUGCGGCCCGAAUAGUUGUACAAAUCAUUGGCAGUAUUCUUGGCAUGUUUAUUUUAAGAAGGAUUUUCAAAUUUUCAAUUGUAUCGAUGACUAUGAUUUCUUUGGCCAGUUGUGUUCUCGAAAGUACAGUUAGAGCUACUGCAAUAUAUUGGUGGCAAUUAUAUUUAGGUUUAUGCUUCGGUUUCAUGCGAGGCAUAAUGGGACCAAUGUCUAGAGCAAUAUUGUCACAUGUGGCGCCAUCUACGGAAGUUGGUAAAAUAUUUGCUUUGACAACAUCAAUGGAGUCGUUAUCACCACUAAUAGCAGCUCCUUUAUAUACACUAGUAUAUAAUGCAACAUUAGUUUACUAUCCAGGGUUAUUUAAUUUCAUUAGUGCUGGUUUAUAUCUGUUAUGUUUUACUUUCAUCUCAACAAUUUACGGUAUACAAAAAUCUAUGGGACAAAACGCUACAUAUCAAGCUAUCGGUAGUUAAUUGUUUUAAAACUAGCUAACUUUUAUAUCUUAUUAUUGAAUAAUAGCAUAAUUUUGUGAUCUUUAAUGUUAAAGAGUGAUAUCAAAUACAUUUGAUAAUAAAUCAUAUAAAUAACAAACGCACAUACUAGGAUAUUUACAAUUAUAUAACAAAGUUUUUUUAUGGAGCGUUUAAAUUUAUAACUGUAUUUAAUGUUUGUUAUUAGAAAAACCAAGUUUUUAAAUAAAUAAAAAAAUAAUUGGCAA